AUGGAAGAAGCAGAAGAUGGAGUUGCUGUUGUGGGGAUUGGCUGCAACUUUCCAGGAGGUGAAGGGCUUGACAAUUUCUGGAAGGUUCUGGUGGAGGGUCGGAACUGUUCUGUUCCAAUCCCCAGACAGAGGUUCGACAUUGCAAGCUGGUAUGACCCAGAUGACACCAAACUGGGUAAAUCACGCACAGCCAAGGCCGCUCUCAUUGAUGGGUUCAAUGAAUUUGACCACAAGUUUUUUGGCGUCAGUGAUAGUGAAGUGGAACAAAUGGAUCCUCAACAAAAACAGAUCCUUCAGUGUGUCUACAGAGCUUUGGAAAAUGCUGGAAUUCCCAUGGAGAAGGCCAGCGGGACCAGGACAGGAGUGUUUGUUGGCAUAAUGAACAGAGACUAUGAGACAAAUGCUGCACACGUGCACCCGACUGUGAUCAACCACUGGACCGGAACCGGGCUCGCCAUGAGCAUUGCAGCAAACAGAGUCUCCUACAUCUUCAACUUCACUGGACCGUCACUCUCCAUAGACUGCGCCUGCUCAUCCUCACUUGUAGCUCUUCAUCUCGCCUGUCAGUCCAUUAAACAAGGUGAAUGCGAAAUGGCUGUUUGUGGAGGUGUUAACUGCAUCAUUGAGCCAAGAGUAUUUGUCGCGCUCAGCAAGGCCAAGAUGAUUUCACCUGAAGGGACGAGCAAGCCUUUCUCCAGCACAGCAGAUGGUUACGGGAGAGGGGAGGGCUGUGGGGUGGUUCUCCUGAAACCACUGAGAAAGGCUCUGCAAGACCAUGACCACAUCUGGGGGAUCAUUAGCAAAACCGCAGUCAACCAAGAUGGACACUCAGUCACUCCGAUUACAAAACCCUCCAUGACACAACAAGAGGAACUGCUGCACAGAAUCUACUCAGACUCUGAAAUCACAAGGGUCCAGUACAUCGAGGCCCAUGGGACUGGGACCCCAGUGGGAGACCCAACUGAGGCAGUAGGCAUUUCGAACGUCAUCGCCAAAGCCAGACCUCCUGGGUCAGGGACACUGCAGAUCGGGUCGGUGAAGAGCAACAUCGGACACACGGAGUCAGCAGCCGGGGUGGCUGGAUUAAUUAAAGUUCUGCUGAUGAUGAAGCAUGAAACCUUCGUCCCCUCUGUCUUUUACUCUGAUGAAACUUCCAGUAUCGAUGCCAAAACCCUGAACAUUAAAAUUUCUAAGAACGUAGAGAAAUGGGAAUCUACCACUGCACGAGUUGCAGGGGUGAACAACUUCGGUUUUGGGGGAACAAAUGCACACGCCAUAGUCAAACAGCACACACAGACAUGGUUAAAGAAACAGAGCAGUGAGGGGCAGGUGAAAUAUUUUGUUCUUUCAGCAAAUUCCCAGAAAUCUCUGACUAUGAUGAUAGAGGACACCAUAAAACAACUGGAGGCUGAUAUCAAUGUAGAUCUUGAUUCUGUUUUGUACACAUCAGCCUGCAGAAGAAGUCACCAAAAGCAUAAAUACAGAAAAGCCAUUGUGGUUUCAUCUGUAGAUGAUCUUAAGGAGAAGCUAAUGGCCAGUGUUGGCAAAAAUGUCAGCUCUGCCCUCUCAGAUCCAAGAUUAGUGUUUGUCUUCUGUGGAAAUGGUGUCACUUACCAUGGCAUGUGCAAAGAGCUGUUGAAAAACCAACCUGUAUUUAGAGAAAAGAUCAGCGAAAUCACUCAGAUCUUCCAAAAGAUGAGUUCCCUAAACAUCCUGAGCACACUUGAGAGCAAGUUUGAAAGCAGUGACUUCAACAACCCUGACGUUGCCCAGCCUCUCCUCUUUGCCAUCCAAGUUGGGAUUACCGCCCUUCUCAGGCACUGGGGUGUCAAACCUGAUGCUGUGCUUGGACACUCUGUUGGUGAAGUCGCUGCUGCACACUGCUCUGGCCUCUUGUCUCUUGAAGAUGCUGUGAAAGUCAUUUUCUUUCGCAGCACCCUUCAAAGGAAAGUUGCUGCUGGUAAAAUGCUUGCGGUCAGCAACAUGGCUGUAUCAGAGGUGGCUUCUCUCCUCCCAAAAUACUCUGGAAGACUUAGCCUUGCAGCCUUCAACAGCCCACAGUCCUGCACUCUUUCAGGAGAAGCAGAUGCAAUUGAGAGACUGCUAAAGGAGCUUACCAACUCAACAAUCAGUCAAAAUCUCUUCCUCCGUGUGCUCAAUGUCCCUGCUGCUUACCAUAGCCACAUGAUGGAUCCAGUUCUGCAGGAAAUCAAGGACACAAUUGGCAACUUGCAAAAGAAUGAGCCUGAAAAUGAGUUGUUCUCAACAGUUACAGGAAGGGAAGCUGAGAUCAGAGAUUUCUGCACAGGUGAAUACUGGGCGAGGAACAUCCGUGAGCCCGUCGCUUUUGAGCAAGCUUUGCGCUCAGCAGCUAAGGGAAAGAAAAACAUAGUUUUUGUAGAGAUAGGGCCAAGACGAGCACUGCAGAGAAACAUUAUGGAAACUCUAGGAAACAACAUAGCAGUUAUUGCCUCAGUAGAACCCAAGGAAGAUCACAAAUCAGUCAUCUCAGUUGUUUCCAAAUUGUUCGAAAUGGGCAUUCAGGUAGAUUGGACCGUUUUCUACAAAGGCUAUGAGACAACACCACUGUUUUUCCCAAAGUACCAGUUUGACUGCUCUGAUAGAGACGUGAUAAUUGGAGCUGCACAGAACAACAAAGCAAGCUCUCAUCCUGUACUCUGUCAGACAGGAAGUGAAAGCAACAUUUUCAGCUGUAACUUAACAUCUGACUCAACCUUCUACUUGAAGGAGCACCAGCACAGUAACAUACCCAUCAUCCCUGGUGCCUUCUACGUGGAGCUGGGCUUGGCGUCGUUCAUGGCCACCACUAAGCCAAAAGUCCCCCUGAGCUCGCUUCAGCUCUAUGUCAAGUUUCACAGUCCAUUUGUGUUGACAAAGAACUCUGCUGAAAUGAAGGUGCAAUUAGAGCAAAAAGAAAUAGAAACUAGCUUCAAGGUGUUUUCCUCAUCUGCGGUGUAUGCUUCAGGCACAGUGGUUUCAAAGACAGAGAGACUGAUUGAGGAGCAAAACAUUUCAUUAAGCUCUAUCUCCAAACGAUGCACAUCUAUUGUGAGUUUUCAGGAGUUUUAUGGAUAUCUCUCUCAAGGUGGCUUCCAGUAUGGAGAUGUUUUCCAGAAUAAAGCAAAUGUCCACUAUGGAGAGGAUCUGAAGGAGGCUUUUGCAUCUGUUUCAGUUCCAGAAGAGCUUCGACCUCAUUUGCAUGACUACUAUUUUCAUCCUGUAGUGUUGGAUUAUUUCAUGCAACUUCUCCCUGUCACAAUUGAAAAUAUAUUUGUAGGCAGGCUGGGGUUUCCAGUCAAAAUAGGAACCCUUGGUGUGUUUGAACCCUUGCAGAAUGAGAUGAUUAUCUACCUGAGAGCAACUGAUGUGGGUGAAGAUCACUUUGAGGUUUGCGGCUGCUUUGCAGACAAAGAAGGCAGAGUGUUGGCUGAGCUGAAGCACGUGAUAAUCCAGUACCUCGGCAGUCAGCGUAAUGUGGUUGAACAGUACUUCUACCAUAAUGAUUUCAGUGUUGUCCCUGAAAGUUCAACUUCUUGUAACCCUGCAAAGGCUUUGGUCUUCUCUGAUCAUUUAGGGAUCUCAAAAGCUCUACAACUACAUUUAGACCCAAAAUCUAGAUAUAUUUCCUUCAGACAUGCAAAGGAGAUUUUAAGCAAUGGAUUUCCUUCUCUACUUUCAAACCUCAAUAUCACAGAUAUUAAGAAAGCCUUUGAUGAGGUGAUAUUUUUGCGGGGCAAAGAAGAUCUUACAUCACAAUCAUCUGAUGACGUCUUGCAGAAUCUUGCAGGUUGCUGUGAGAUUUUUCGUCAAAUUGUCCUGGAGCUGAAGUGGAUUCAGUUCCCCAAAGCUAUCAGAGCAGUGACCUAUUGCUCAUCUGACAUCACUGUAGAUCACAUAAGUCCAGGUUUUGCUCUUCCUGGUAUGUUGAGAUCUUUUGCAGCAGAGAUUGCUGAUCUUUCUUUUCAACUGAUUGACAUAGGUUCCAUAUCUGCUCAGGACAUUCAAGCUCUUUCAGAGGUCCUGAGAUCACACCCUUGUGAAAAGUACCCAGAGUUGGUCAUAAAAGACGGGCUGAUCUUAAAACCUUCAAUUGUCCGAACCCCAUUGGAAGACACUGACCAUACAGAGGGUAGUUACACCUCCACAACUUCUAAACCUUUUACCUUACAGACAUCUGAUGCAUAUAUGGUGACUCAACUGAGUGGCAUUCCUCUCGACGAAGAGUCAGACCCAAUCAAUAACACAUCAGUUGAGAUUCGACCCAGCAAGAUAUGUGUUCAUACAUCUGAUUACUUCCCAGUCAGUUCCUCACAUCUGAACUUUGGUCAGACGCUUUACUGGAACAAGCAUUCAUCUCAGAAGCAUAAGCUAAUCGCACUUGACUUUAGCGGUACUAUCACUGCAGUUGGAAAAGACGUCAGGAAACUCAAAGUCGGGGACCACGUUGCUUGUUGUUAUCCCAUUAUGGCUGCUAGUAAGAUUCAAGUGCCAGAUGACGUGUGCUACAGCAUCAAGAGGUUCCCAUUUUUUCAAGAAACACCUUGUGUUUCCUACUUUGUGCUGGCUUGGGAGAUGCUUCAUCGGGUCUUGCCUAAACCCAAACGGAAUUUGGGGGUCAUUUGCCCAGCAACUGAUUCAGCUCUUGUGAAAGUCUUGGCACUUACUGCUCACAAAUUUGGUUGGAACGUAAUUUUAAGCACACAGUGCAAUGGAUCUUUCAUAGACAUCAAUCAACUCAAUGCGUUCGUCAUCCUGCCACCAUUCGAUGAGUCCCUCACUGUGAAAACUUGCAAUUUCUCAGGUGUUCGUCAUGUUGUAGUACUCUGUGAAUAUCAAAUGCAAACUUUGCUUGUUCAGGACAUGUGCCAAAACAUAAAGGAAAGUGUUCAUGUACAAACAAUUCAGAUGCAGGCUGUUUUGCAAAAAGGUUAUCUGAGAGCACACAGACCUCAUAUUUUACACUGGCUGAAGUCGCUGAAUUUCAGCAGGAGGUUUGCUCUUGAAAAUUUCACUUUUCAGAGUUUGAAAUCUGAAAGUGCUGGUGUAGAACCAGAGACAUUACCUUCAUAUUUCAGCUCACAAAAACUGGCUGUGAUUGCUUUGGAAAAAUAUGAUAAGACUAGAUUGUCUGAGAUUCAGAUGCUGCCAUCAAAAACACAGUUGUUCAGAAAGAGAGCAGUGUACAUUGUGGCAGGUGGUCUCUCUGGCCUGGGGUUUGAAACAGUCAAGUUUAUCUCACAAAGAGGAGGGGAGUACAUCGUGAUUCUCUCCAGGAGCAAGCCCACAGCAGACGUGCUGAAAGAAAUACUCUAUAUUCAGCAGCAGUGUGGAAACAGCAUCAGCAGCAUGGAAUGUGACAUUUCUGUCUCUGAACAGGUGCACAGGGUCAUUACUGAAAUCGGGCAAAAGUUCAGGGGUUGUCUGAUCAGAGGGGUGUUUCACAGUGCGGUUGUCCUACAUGACGGUCUGAUUGAGACCCUUAAUAGAUCCCUUUAUGAGAAGGUUUUUAAACCUAAAGUGAAUGGGGUGUUAAAUUUGCACCAUGCAACAAAGCACUGCCACCUGGACUACUUUGUGUGCUUCUCCUCCAUCUCAGCAUUCCUUGGAAAUGCAUCCCAAACAAACUAUGCGGCAGCCAACUCUUUUCUUGACUUGUUCUGCCAAUACAGGCGCAAACUGGGGCUACCUGGACAGUCUAUCAACUGGGGAGCUCUUAACCUCGGCCUGCUCCUAAACAAGGAGCACUUCCAUCGAUUUUUGGAGGCAAAGGGGAUGAUGUUGUUGGACGUUGCAGAGAUUCAUAAAAGCCUGGAGCAAUGCCUCAUCCUUAAUCGGCCACAGCAAGCUGUUUGCAGGUUUCACUUUAGGAACAUCAGAUACAACAUCCUCUCUCAAAAUAAAGCCUUGACCUUACGUCUGUCUGCGUUAGUCAACGAAGUCUUCCAAAAACUUACAGAGGAAGAGUCUAAGACUGAGCAAACUGACUCUGUUCCACCUAAAGAAUAUGUCUUCUCUCUUCUCAGUGAGACCAUCGGCAUCGAUCAGAAUGAGCUGAGUGAUGACUCCCUUCUUUCAUCCUUAGGCAUGGACUCCAUGCAGGCCAUGACCCUGCAGAACAAGAUGUUUCAGGAGAGAGGGGUGAAUGUGCCUCUGGUGAAACUGUUGGAUCCCAAUGCCACAGUAUCAACAGUGGUAACCAUACUGAGCGAAACAGCCGAGGGCAGAAUCAUAAGCGAGAAGCCUCUCACGGAUGAAGAUGUGGGUGACUCUGAUGUUUUUACAAGAUUAUGAAAUCUAAGACAGAAUAAAUCCUCCAAGCAUCAAAUAAAAAUAAAUAACAUUCUUGUGUUACUACCACUUAAUUAGGGCACCCUGCAAUCUAUAUCUGGUUAGAUUCCUAUGCAAAAAUGUACAUUUUAGUAAAUUGUUACAGGUGAUUGUGCAAAAUCCCUCUACCCAAUUUUGUGCAAGAUAUUCCAUUUGUUGUUAAAGAAAAAAUGAAAGAAAAAAUGUCCUUUAAACCAUGUGUCUACAGAAAGUAUGCUUAGAUGUUUAAAAUCUAAAAACACCCUUAUAUUUCUUAAAGGGAAAUUUGUCUACUAUAACAUUAUUUUGUUGCAGUCAGCCAGUUUUACUUUUUUUUAUAUAUCAAGCCAAGUUCCUUUUUUCUUUUUGAAAUUGACAUUGUUCUUUUUCUGCCAUCUCCAAUAGCAUUAGCUCUGGUUUACAGUUGUAUAUCACAGCAAUACAUUACAAGAUUAAUUAUAAAUACAAAUAUUUUAAGCCAAUUUAGUAAAUUUUACAUUAAAUUCUUUUACAUUUUUAUAGAGAUAAAAUUGUAUUUAGAUACGCAAAGCAAAAAGUACAUAUGAGAAAAAAACAAAAGCAAAAGCAAUCUCUA